UGAGCCAUGCAGAUAGGAAUCGAUGAGAUUUAAAAAUAAUUACUGAUUCAAUCGCAGCUCUUAUCGUGUGAUGUGCGCGCAUAUGUGAUAAAAAAAGGACAAACCCUAUCCGCGUGCGAAUAAAUGCUAAUCCGGAUCAGGGUCCAUCCAGGGAUUGAAGAAUUUAUGAUAAAACAGACAGCGAACGCUCGUCGGGGCUGCAGUUUCGGAUAACGUGUUGUAUGUGUUAAGCGUGUUGCUCCGUUGCGAUAUGGGUGACUUUUAUAAGGUGUUAUUGGUUGUUCAGCUCGUUGGGUGCUUUGUGGGCAUCUCCAAUGGGCAGCUGAUGUGCUUUCAUUGUGAAGAUUGUGACACCACGCAGAUGGAGAUUGUGCAAUGUGGACCAAAUCGACCGAUGCUACCAUUCCCUGGUGAUUCUACCACAACAACCGUGACUCCUGCAACGACAACAACACCGGAACCUACAACCUUUACACCACCAUCGAUACCUACCAUAGUGCCGGAGACGACGACGAUCUGUCCACCGUCCACCAUUACCACAACGAACCCACCGACAACUACAACGAUCGCGCCAGAGAUCACUACUACCGUCGCACCGCCAACACCGGAACCGGAAACAACCACCCUAUUGCCACCAAGUGUACCGACGGUUGAGCCCGACACGACAACCAUUACCCCACCGACACUACCUACAAUUGAGCCCGACACGACAACCAUUACGCCACCGACACUACCCACAGUUGAACCCGACACGACGACCAUAACGCCACCGACACUACCCACAGUUGAGCCCGACACGACAACCAUUACGCCACCGACUCCACCAACGGAAACAACGACAAUCAGCAGCACCACACCUGGCGGGCCGAUCUUAACACCACCGACCCAUCCCACCUUUUCUCCCGGUCCACCAGCGUCCAGCACGUCCGCUUCCCCCAUACUAACACCACCAACCCAUCCGACCCCACUGCCAGGGGCACCGAUCGGGUUCGGGAUCGCUAUUCCGAUUCCACCCAAUAAUGCACAGUACGCCUGUCUGUCUGUGAAACGCGUUGAUGUUAACAACAACAAUCGAUCGGUCAUCACUAAGGGUUGCGCACGAUUGAUGGCCAGUGUGCCACAGACGUGCUCUCAGGCUACGAAUGGAGGACAUAAUAGCUGUUCGGUGUGUUUGGGAUCGCUCUGCAAUGCGUACAAUUAGACGCUGGCUGGAUUGUGUGCACUUAUUUUUAAUAUUUUAACACUAUAUUAGACAGUUAAGCAAUACCUCCGUUAAGUGUUUGGUUUCGCUUUAUUUUUGAAUGGUAAAAUCUCUACAAAAUUUGUGUAAUAGCGCUACCUAAAACUGAACACUUUUACCUGGGUGCAAUUGGAGAAAUGAAUAAAUUAUGUAGAUCAGUAAGCACAUCAUCAA